CUCGUGACAGAACCAGGAAGACAUAGCAAGUGAUGCUGCCGCAUAUCUGACUACGAUAUUGAGACUUUGUUGAUUACAAAAUGUGUUCAGUAAUAAAGGAGACGCAAAGCAUAAAAGAAGCAGUGGUCAUCAUCAACGGGAUUGAUGUUAACAAAUACUCAAGAUUAAUCUCACGCAUCAUACAGAAGCUGCAUCUGAAGGGGGAGCGAGCAUUCAGUGAGGAAGAAGAGCAGAAACUUCAGACUGCUCUUUCAUUGGAUAAACAAGCACUCAACUUGGUUCUGGAAACCUCUGCUUUUAUUUUAGAGCAGGCAGUAUAUCAAAAUGUGAAACCGGCAUCUCUUCAGCAACAACUUGAAUCAGUUCACCUGAACCCAGACAAGGCUGAGGUGUUCGCACAGACCUGGGCCACAUCUGGUCCGGAGCUGGUGGAGCGACUAAAGCAAAACAUAUUUGCCCCAAAGAAGCUGGAGUAUGUUGGCUGGCAGUUGAACCUGCAGAUGGCGCAGUCAAGUCAAGCCCGGCUGAAGUCUCCCAGUGCUGUUCUUCAACUGGGGCUCCGCAAAGAAGACUCUGAGGUACAGGAGAACGUCUUUGUGGAGUUCACCCACCCGGAGCUGCUCGACUUCUACAACAAGCUUGAGAUUGUACAAGGCCAAUUGGAUUCUCUCACCUGAUGAUGCCUUUUUCCUGACACACGUCUCCCAGACUCAGUUUGUGUUUGCUUUUCAUUUGAAAGUCAUUCAAAAGGUUUUCUCCUUUCCCAAACUAUGUCAUUCAGGAGUUUGGUCCGUACAAGUGAGUUACGCCCGACACAAAUGUCAAACCUCUCAAGUAUGUAGUGUGUUUCCACACAUUAACCAUGAAAACAAAAUCGGCACGUCAUGAGUUCAUUCAGUGUUUUGAUAAAGUGAAAAUGCAAUUAGCUUUUUGUGAGUCUAUUGUGAUGCAACCUGUUUCAGGUGAUGCUGUGUUCAGGUUGCCAUGGUUUCAUGGUUACAGCAGCCUUUGAAAAGUUGGAGAUUCUGUUUGUAAAUCCAUUGUCUAUUAUGGUAUUUUUCAGCAUGAUAAAUUGACAAAAAAAUGACAAAAUUUUCAGUUUUACUAGGCACCAAGUUUUGCAUUUCAUUGCAUCACUCUGUAUGUUUCUGCAUUUGUGUUUGAUAUGCUCAGACUUUAUUAUACUCACACAAAACAACACUGCAUGGAGCUGAUGAAUCCUUCUAGCUCGCCUUUUUUUUUUCUACAGUCUGUAUUUUUACUCCGAUAAUAUGAUAAUACAACAAACAAAACAUAAUUGUACUUCUCUUUUUUCAAUGUUUCAAAACAUAUUGAAUGACUGAACUCCCUGUUAACUACUAAAUAAAGGCUUUUGUACUUUGGAUUUGUGUAAUGUUUUGUUUUUGUUAAUUAAACAAAAGCUGCAGUAUACAUUUAUAGUUCCAUAUUGGUCUUGCAACUAACUUGACAUUUAUCAGGUGAUGUUGACUCAGACUCAGUUUGUGAAAAAAAACUCUUGAGAUGU